AAUGGGGGGGGGUUGGCAGGGCCCUUCGGAGAUCAUCGUGUCUAACCUCCCCACCAAAGCAGGGACACCCAGAGCAGGCUGGGCAGGAACGCGUCCAGCGAAGAAAACGUUUGGAAACUUUGUGACUACAUCAGGAGUCAGAAUCAAUACCCAUUAGAAGAAUUUUAUGCUGUUUUCAUAUCCAAUGAUAGGAGGAUGAUUCCACUCUGGAAGCAGAAAUCGGGACAUGGAGACGAGCCUGUUGUCUGGGACUACCAUGUCAUUCUACUUCAUGUUUCCAGCGGGGAGCAGAACUUCAUUUAUGAUCUUGACACUGUGUUGCCGUUCCCGUGUCCUUUUGACGUGUACAGUGUGGAGGCCUUUCGGUUGGAUGACAGCCUUCAUCCAGAAUUUCACAGGAAAAUCAGAAUGAUUCGAGCAGACUUGUACUUGAAGACGUUUGCUUCAGACAGAUCUCAUAUGAAAGAUGCAAAUGGGAAAUGGCAGAAACCUCCUCCUUCGUACCCUUGUAUUGAAACUGCAGACUCCAAGAUGAACUUGGAUGAUUUCAUCAGCAUGAAUCCCAAAGUGGGAUGGGGCUCAGUGUUCCCCCUCCCAGACUUUGUGCAUCGGUUUGGCAGCCAGACGGAUUACAGCUGUUCCUUGGAAGGACAGUGAAGUGAACAAAGUUCUCACUGCUUCUGUUUUGAGUGGGUGUGUUUUGUUUUGCUGCUCUUAUGUUGUAUUUAUGGUUUACAUUUCUUUACAUGGAAUAAGCAUUUGGGUAAAUAGAAUACCCAGUCAGAAAUAUCAUGAACUGAAUAAAAACUUUUAUUUUGAUUAUGUAAGAAUGAACUUGGGUUUUAAUAUGUCAAAUCAAAGGCUGACAUCCCACCGUAAGCAUAUUACUUCUCCAUCCACUGUGCCCAAAUUGAAAAGAGCAUUUACAUGCUGUUAAGAAAAGCUUUGGGAAAAAUGUAUACAUAAAAUACUGAACAAUGUAGCUCAAACUGUUAAAUGUUGACAUAUCUUAGAAGUGAGAUACAGUAUAUUUUCUUUAUGUUAUGACUUCUGUUACAUAAACAGAGGGGGUCAGUCGCUGACUUUAUCAAUUACGCUUAUUUAGCAGAAGCCUAAAGGCCAGAACCACUAAGGGAGCCUAGAUUUAUUAGCACAAUCUUGAACUCCCAUGCCCCGUGUAAA